AUGAUCCAGGCCAUAUGUACACUAUGUGGCAGCUUUACCGGUGCUAGCAUUCGUCAUUCGGAUUGGUCUCGAUACGCCAGGACCAAGACGGCACCCCUUAUUGGCAUAUGGAUUGUUUGCCCCAUAGCACUCACCGUCACGGCCAUGUUUGGCGUCUUCGUCACCAGCGCGGCCCGCGAAAUGUAUGGCACCGCGAUUUGGCAGCCAAUCAGCUUGUUGCUUCACAUCCAGCAAGUCAACUACUCUAGCGCAGCCCGGGCUGGUACCUUCUUUGGAGGACUUGGAUGGUUCCUCAGCCAACUAGCCGUCAACGUAUCUCUCAACUCCGUCGCGGCCGGUAUGGACUUAACUUCCGUCGCACCAAGAUAUCUCGAUGCUCGGCGCGGUGGCUUCCUGCUUGCCACUGUAGGGUUUGCAGUAUGCCCCUGGAACUAUGUCAACUCUGCUUCCACAUUUACUACAGUUCUCAGCUCCUUUGGUCUCUUCAUUUCUCCUCUGAUUGGCAUGUACAUUGCCGACUUCUGGAUCAUCAGGAAAUGCAACUGGAGAGUUCCUCAUUUGUAUAUAGGAAAUGAGGAAUCGAUAUAUUGGUACAGCAAGGGUUUCAACUGGCGAGCAUUCCUGGUUUGGAUAGUCAUGGUUUGCCCAUCAUUGCCUGGAUUUUACAUGGCAAUCACUGGUAAUGAUAUCGGAAUGCCGUGGAAGCGAAUAUUUCAGAUCACGUUUUUUGUCGGAAUGGUUGGUGGUUUCGUUCUUUAUACUGCUGUCGCGCUCGUCUUCCCAGUCAAGGAUGCGACGAGUCACCAGGAGUAUGACUGGUUUAUUGAGGAAAAUUUUGCCAUCAAGGGUCAAGAAGCAUUCGACUUUGGAGAAACAGGUGAGGGCACUGGUUUACCAAACGAGAAAAUCAAUUCGACUGCCGCUCCAAAGUAG